AUUAAGUACUAGCAAGAAAAAGUUUAAAGCUUCACUAAAUUACAUAAUAAACCAAAUAAAAAUCUAACAUUCCACCACGUAAUUGUAUAUAUGCACUGCAGUAAAUAUGUACUAAAGUAGUAUAAAAAACUUAUUAAUAUUUAAGCGCAAUACAAACCUUGAAAUCAAUAGAAAAAAACAAAAUAACCACAACAAAAAUUAUCCACCAGCAACAACAAUAAAUAUAACCAUCAUGUCCGAAACGCAAGACAACAAUGGCGAUCAGCAGUCGCUGCAGGAUGAAGCUGGCGGUAGUGAAAAUAAAAUGAAGUCACGCCUACGUAAGGGCGCCCUCAAGAAGAAGAACGUGUUUGCAGUAAAGGAUCAUUUCUUCAUACCACGCUUCUUCAAGCAGCCAACAUUCUGUUCACAUUGCAAGGAUUUCAUAUGGGGCUUUGGCAAACAAGGAUUUCAAUGUCAAGUUUGUUCGUAUGUUGUGCACAAGCGCUGUCAUGAAUAUGUCACAUUCAUAUGUCCGGGCAAGGAUAAAGGAAUCGAUUCCGAUUCACCACAAACAGUACAUCAUUUCGAACCAUUCACAUUUGGUGGGCCAACUUUUUGCGACCACUGUGGUUCGCUACUCUACGGCAUCUAUCAUCAGGGUCUCAAAUGCUCAGCAUGUGACAUGAACGUUCAUGCCCGCUGUAAGGAGAAUGUGCCGAGCUUAUGUGGUUGCGAUCAUACUGAACGUCGCGGACGCAUCAAUUUGGAAUUGAAUGUGAAGGAGAAUUUGCUGACGGUGCAAAUCAAAGAAGGCCGCAAUCUCAUUCCAAUGGAUCCAAAUGGUCUCAGCGAUCCAUAUGUCAAAGUCAAACUGAUUCCAGACGAGCAUGAAAAGUCAAAGAAAAAGACGCGUACAAUUAAGGCAUGUCUGAAUCCUGUGUGGAAUGAAACCAUCAAAUAUGAUCUCAAGCCCGAAGAUAAAGAUCGCCGCGUACUCAUCGAGGUCUGGGAUUGGGAUCGUACAUCGCGCAAUGAUUUCAUGGGCGCGUUGUCCUUUGGCAUAUCUGAAAUUAUUAAGAACCCCGCGGACGGCUGGUUCAAAUUGCUCACACAAGAAGAAGGUGAAUACUAUAAUGUGCCAUGCGCUGAUGCCACACAGGAUCUGCUUAAACUCAAGAGUCAAAUGCGGAAAUCAUCACAAAAGAAACCGCUGGUGAUGCGCAGCGAUACAAAUGCACAGACACCAUCCAAAAAGGAUAUGAUACGUGCGACGGAUUUCAAUUUUAUCAAAGUGCUGGGCAAGGGUUCAUUUGGCAAGGUCAUGCUGGCCGAACGCAAAGGCACAGAGGAACUCUACGCCAUUAAAAUACUCAAAAAGGAUGUCAUCAUACAGGACGAUGAUGUCGAGUGUACAAUGAUUGAGAAGCGUGUGCUGGCGUUAGGCGAGAAGCCGCCAUUCCUGGUGCAGCUGCACUCGUGCUUCCAAACACUAGACCGGCUCUUCUUUGUUAUGGAGUACGUCAAUGGUGGCGAUUUGAUGUUUCAAAUACAACAAUUCGGAAAAUUCAAGGAGCCAGUGGCUGUCUUUUACGCCGCUGAAAUUGCCGCCGGUCUCUUCUAUCUGCACAGCAAAGGCAUUUUAUAUCGGGAUUUGAAAUUGGACAAUGUCCUUUUGGAUGCCGAUGGUCAUGUUAAAAUUGCCGACUUUGGCAUGUGUAAGGAGAAUAUUAUUGGCGAUAAGACAACAAAGACAUUUUGCGGCACACCCGACUACAUAGCACCCGAGAUCAUCCUGUAUCAACCCUAUGGCAAAUCCGUGGAUUGGUGGGCCUACGGCGUGCUGCUCUACGAGAUGCUGGUUGGCCAGCCGCCCUUCGACGGUGAAGAUGAGGAAGAAUUGUUUGCUGCUAUCACCGAUCACAAUGUCUCCUAUCCGAAGAGUUUGAGCAAAGAGGCCAAAGAGGCAUGCAAAGGGUUCCUUACUAAAUUACCUGCCAAACGGCUUGGCUGCGGGCCCACGGGUGAAGCGGAUGUACGUAUACAUCCAUUCUUUCGACGAAUCGAUUGGGAGAAAAUUGAGAAUCGUGAAGUGCAACCACCAUUUAAGCCGAAGAUUAAACAUCGCAAAGAUGUCUCGAAUUUCGAUAAGCAAUUCACAUCGGAGAAAACGGAUCUGACACCAACGGAUAAAGUAUUUAUGAUGAAUUUGGAUCAAACGGAAUUUGUGGGCUUCUCCUACGUGAAUCCGGAGUAUGUUGUGCCAGCUUAAGUGCAGUGAAAAUAAACAAACAUAUGUACGUACGAGCAUUGUAUGUAGCAGAGCAGUAAAGGAACGCAAAACUGGAGAUACAUAGUUGGUGGAUUGAAACGUAAGAAAAGUGCGAGCGGGGAGACUUUACCAUGCUGCAAGGAAACAAAGCAAGAAAUACAGCAUCUACUAGCUGCAAUGUUUGUACAAGUGUGUUCCAUAGCAGCGAUAUAUAUUUUUCAAACGCACGGUGCGAACGUGUGAACAACGUGCCAUUAUAGAUAUUUUCAGCAGAAUUUAAAAAAAGUGUGAAGUAUAGCAGACAAACACCUGUAAGAUGAAGAAAGUUGCAUAAAUACCUGCAGGCGUAUCGCAAGUGUGUGUGUGUGUGUGUGUGUAUGAAUUUAUAGCCUUUUUUCCUUGGCAUUAAGCAUCAUUGCAGGAUAUUAACAAUUCCAUGCUGCAGGUGGAUAUUAGAAGGGGGAAAGCAGAAAAUGUAUGUAAUCCUUUUUUGAACAAAUUUUUGAUUUUAAGUUUUAAGGUGCAAAAUAUGUUAAGAUAUGUAGAUAAAAGAAAAGACAAGUGCGUGUUUUAAUUGUUAAUUUUUUGUUGUUUUUAAGGUACGUUUAAAAAUAUAUUUUUUAAAUUCUUGUUGGCAAAAAAAUUUACAGGCAAGCAAUAAUGUCCAUGAAAGCAAAUGUAUUAUACCUGUAAAAUGUUUUUAUUUUUGUUAACACGUAUUCGUUGUAGAUAAUUUAAAUAAAUUGUUAUUAUAAGCAAUAGUAUAUAUAAACGAUUUUAAAAAUUCCAACUCGCGUUUAACUAUUCGCUUAGUCGUAAUUCAUCUUAAGAAAAUCAAAUUUAUUUG